CAAAUGCUGAUUGGUUGCUGUAGAAGUGAAAACUGUUUAAAUUUCAGUCGAAGUAUGAGAAGUCCCUAAACUACCAAGGCUGCCAGAAUCAAGCAUCUAUCAAGAAGCUAGGAGUACAUACAACAGGGGGAAAAGACUUCUCAUUUACAUUGCAGAACCUGUGAUGAGAAAGAUGAAGGGCUGGACUUUGGUGUUGUGCCUCUUAAGUGCCACAUUAGCUCUUCCAAUUCCACCUCAUCCACAACAUCCUGGUUAUGUCAAUUUCAGUUAUGAGGUUAUGACGCCUUUAAAAUGGUACAAGAGCCUAAUUGGACCCCAGUAUUCACAUUAUGGCUAUGAACCCAUGGGAGGAUGGAUGCACCAUCAUCCAGGGCCAAUGAUGCCUCAACAAGCUUUCUAUCAAAUCCACCAUCCAGUGCAUCCUCUUCAUCAACAGCAUCCUCUUCAUCAACAGCAGCAGCAGCAUUUGCCACCAAUACAACAGCCUGCACCUAUCCCAUUUGAACCAAUGGCUGGGCAAAACCCAAUAAAUCCACAUUAUCAGCCAGCAAGACCAGUUCAACAUCAACUCCCACCACAUACAGGAGGGCACCCAAUGUUCCCACAGCAACCAGUUCAUCCAAACUCACCAAUGCAUCCCCAACAACCAGGAAUUGUUCAACAUCAGCCAAGUGACCCAAUUCUACGAAUGCCACCGGUGAUCCCAGAUUUGCCUCUUGAACCAUGGCCACCAGCAGACAAGACCAAACAGGAGGAAGUGGACUAAGAGAAAACAAGAAAUUUCAGAAGAAUGCAAACAUAUUUUAGGCAUUGUCACCUGCUGUCAAGAAACCAUCACUCUACUGCAGUCAGUGAU